AUGUCAUUUGAAGUAGCAAGAGACCACAAAGCCCACAUGAAGAGAAUGAGGCUUUCUUUAAGAAGAAGAAGAGAGGGAAAAACAGAUUACCAGCAAAGACACAACCUAAUACGCCACAAUAAAAGCAACUACGGCGAGGUUAAAUCGCGAUUUGUUGUGAGAAUAACCAGCAGCAAGGUCAUCUGCCAGAUAAUCCAGGCAUACUCCAUCGGCGACAAAGUAGUCUGUGCAGCAGACUCAUCUGAGCUGAAGAAGUACGGAAUCACCUUCGGCCUGAAGAACUACUCUGCAGCCUACGCAACAGGCUUCCUCUGCGCUAGAAAGAUGCUUACCAAGCUUGGGCUCGCAAACGAGUACACAGGAAAGGAAGAGCUAGACGGCGAAGUGUACCUUGAGGAGGACAACGAGGAGGGCCCAAAGGCGUUCCGAUGCUACUUGGACCUUGGCCUGGCCAGAGCCACAAAAGGCGCCAAGGUGUUCUCAGCUAUGAAGGGAGCAUGCGACGGCGGACUGUACAUUCCCCACUCCCCAAGCAAAUUUGCAGGAUUCAGCACCGAGGACAAGGAGCUGGACGCAGAGGCCCUCAAGGAGAGAAUCUUUGGAGGACACGUUGCAAACUACAUGAGAGAGCUGGAAGAGAGCGACAACGAAGCAUACCAGGCAAGAUUUGCUGAUUAUAUUAAGAACGGGAUAACUGCUGACUCAAUCGAGCAGAAGUACGCAGAGGCCUUUGACCUAAUCAGAAAAGACACCUUCGAGAAGACCAAGAGAACCACCCCCAUUGACAGAUCGCCAUACCAGCACAAGCCAAGAAAGCUGACCAACGCAGAGAGAAAGGAAAGAGCACAGGCCAAGUUCCAGCUGCUUGCUGGAGAAGUAGAAGCCGAGAACUAA